CACAAAGUUAAUACGCUAAGGAAAUGUUAAAAUAGUAUAAGAGCUGUUUGUGUGUUAGCGCGAGGACGUGUUUCCACUCGGACUGAAAUAAGCAGCGCUCUCUCCGUCUUUCCGUGUGGAGGAACAGCUCCAGCAGCGCGCCGUGAAAACAUGCAGGACCCAAAUGAAGACACCGAGUGGAAUGACAUCCUCAGGAAGAAGGGCAUCCUUCCUCCUAAAGAGACGCCAAAGGAAGAGGAGGAGGCGGAGGAGGAGCAGAUCAUUCAGCAACAGUCCAUUGUAAAAACCUAUGAGAAUAUGACUCUGGAGGAGCUGGAGGAGAACGAGGAUGAGUUCGGCGAGGAGGACGAGAUCGCCAUCGAGAUGUACAGGCAGAAGAGGCUCGCCGAGUGGAAAGCAAAGCAGUUGAAGAACGUAUUCGGCGAACUGAACGAGAUUUCAGGUCAAGACUACGUUCAGGAAGUGACCAAGGCAGGGGCCAGCAUCUGGGUGGUGCUGCACCUCUACAAACCAGGCAUCCCCUUGUGCACGCUGAUCAAUCAGCACUUGUCCUCUUUGGCACGGAAGUUUCCAGACACUAAGUUCCUGAAGUCGAUCUCCACGACGUGCAUCGCUAAUUAUCCGGACAGAAACCUGCCCACCAUCUUUGUUUACCACGAGGGGGAGAUGAAGGCGCAGUUCAUCGGACCGCUGGUGUUCGGAGGAAUGAACCUCACGUGUGAUGAGCUGGAAUGGCGUUUGGCCGAAUCCGGCGCUGUGAAAACGGACUUGGAGGAGAAUCCGAGGAAACAGAUCCAGGACCAGCUGAUUUCAUCCAUCCGCUGCUCAGCACCGCACCGCAAGGACAGCGACGAAUCUGAUGACGACUGAUCGAGUAAUGUGUUCUCGUCCCUCCUGUCAGAGGACCUGCUGACACAGAGCGGAGACGACUGGAAGAUCUGGAGAAGGAUUCAGGCGAGAGGGAAGGAGGAGUGAAGACUUUAAUAUUUGUAACCUGAGGAACCUGCGCUGUUUCAGAGUAAUGUGUCUUUAACGUUCGAGCUGGAGUUUAUUGAACUUUAGUGAUGAGUUGGAGGUAAACCCAGGUUCUCCAGGAGCUGAGGAUGGGCAGUGUCAUGCAGGCCUUCCCACGUUUAUCAUCACACUGAGUCUUACUGAACCGGGGACUGUAACUUUCAGCAGAGUUUAAUAAACGUGUUCUUGAGCACA